UUCAUUCCAACUCCAAGAGCUAGACUGAUACGAUACCACUUGGGUCCAUUCUCAUGUCAUGAGCUCGCUGAAUGACGUUGAAUCGACCGCUUCAGCCAUGCGGGCCUCAAGCUAUGCCCGCCGUUACGUCCAUCGAAGGAUCAAGGGAAUCGCUACGGUGACGAGCGUUGGCCUCUUGAUAUUUUUCUUCCUCUCUUACCGCCUGGUAUCAAAGGACGGAAUAUCUCGGGCGGAUGAGGAUCUGUUGCAAGAGCUCGAAACCCAGUCAAACGAUGCACGAAGACAGGCCAUCGAAGCGGCGCUCGAUGCGCUCGAACUGGCCCCCGAUGAUCCGGAUCCUGAGACUCUAUCCUCAGCAGAAGAUUAUUUCCCAGAGAUCGACCCGUUCUCUCUUCCUCCACCCAAAAUCGAGGAGUUCCCCUUGGACCGAUAUACGUACAUUUAUCCUCGGCCACCGACAGAACCGGAAGAACCAGAACCCUCGAUCCACCGGCCGUUACCCGAGGGCAGUUUUGUCGAGACUUGGGAGAGCCCAAGCUGGUUCGACCCCGAAGGAGGAGGGCAGAACGAGUUGCCUCGGGUACAGUACGACUUUAGCCAGAACGAGGAGACUGAGGAGGAAAGGACUACGAGGGAAGAGAGAAGGGAUGCUAUCAGACGAGCGUUCGCGUAUGCCUGGCAGCAGUACAAAGACAAGGCUUGGGGUCACGACGAAGUCAGACCGGUCAGCGGGGUAAAGUCGAAUCCGUUUCAAAAUUGGGGAGCUAGCAUAAUCGACUCUCUGGAGACACUCUUGAUCAUGGGUCUAACAAAGGAAUACGACCUUUGUCGCAAACACGUGAACAUGGUCGAUUUCCGACUAGUCAACGGAAAAGACUGGGCUUUUGGUUAUCGACCGAGUCCUGAACUGGAACGGACCCCGGGCAUGCCGGAAUGGUGGUUCCACAAACAGCGCGCCGGUCGGGAUCAGUUCGCCCACAUUGCCAGUUUCGAGAUGGGUAUCCGAUACCUCGGGGGUCUCAUCGGAGCCUACGACCUGUCUGGCGACGAGCUCAUGCUCGACCGGGCGAAAGAGCUGGGCAAGAUCUUGGGACGCGGGUUCGACUCUCCCUCGGGGCUCGUGCUCGGCCGUUUCGACGCCGGUAGCGACCAAGACUGGUUCAUGUCUGGCAGAGUCUCGCUGGCAGAAGUCGGAAGCAUGACGCUUGAACUCACUCGUCUGAGCCAAGUCACGGGAGAUCGAUGGUACUUUGAUCGAGCACAGCGGGCGAUCGAUUAUCUCGAUCAGGUCGUCAUCCCCCGUGCGGACAUGACACCGCUCUUGCCCGCAGCUUUCGAUAGUCAGGUCGAGCGUACCAACCUGCAGGUGCAAGGGGAAUACACGUUCGGGGGAAUGGCCGAUUCAUAUUACGAGUACUUGAUCAAGCAACAUCAGCUAGUAGGAGGUGCUACGGAUCAAUAUUCCAGGAUGUAUGAAGCGGCGAUUGACAAGGCGGAAGAAAAGCUCUUCAUGGACCUCGAUGUCUAUCCCGGACGCAACCUCAUGACCAUUGGAGCCAUCAACCACGGCAUGAAACAACUCGUCCUCGAGCAUCUGACUUGUUUCGCAGGAGGAAUGCUGGGGCUUGGAAGUCGCCUUCUGGAUCGGGCGAGAGACAUGGCAUAUGGCCAGCGCCUAACCCAGACUUGCUACUGGGCAGUGAGUUCUAACGCUAUCCUUUAUUGCCACUACCUACCAAAAACAUAUUAUCUACAGGGAGCCGCAACUGUCAGCGGUUUACAACCCGAAAAAAUAUGGUUCCAUACUGCAAGCGAGCCAUGGGCAUACCAAAAUAUCACAAUACCGCUUGGCGUCUACAGCAAGGAAGGAGAAGAGGAGGUUCUCGUCAAGGAGAUUCUACGAGGAAAUCCCCCUGGCUUGAAAAGUGGAAACCGUGUGUACAUCGGAAGACCUGAAACCGCAGAAAGCGUCUUCUACAUGUAUCGCUUGACCGGCGACAAGAAGUGGCAGGAGAAAGGAUGGAGAAUGUUCACAUCGUGGAUGGAUAGUUGUACGGCGGGUGCUGGAUUCUCCAGCGUUUCAGAUGUUAGCGUGUAUCCGCCUCGGUUGGCAGAUAACAUGGAAUCAUUUGUCUUCGCUGAAACGCUCAAGUACUACUAUCUGCUGCAGUCGGAGCCAGAUCUCAUUUCGCUGGACGACUACGUCUUUACAACUGAGGCACAUCCGUUACUCUUAAGGAAUCGACGACCGGGAGUGGACGGAUUCUGGGACAGACCAGAAGAGCCAGACGCGGAUCUCGGCGAGCGUGCAUUUGGGACGGAUGCUCAAUUAUGGGAGCGACACGAUGUCAAGGCGAAAGAGGCUGUAAGGCUUGCCAAGCUGAGGCAGCCACCGCCCGGGAACGGUGGUGGGAGAGGUAUGGGAGGCGGCGCUCCACCUGCUCCUCAUGCUCCCGUUGUAAAGCCCCCGCCAGAGAGGCCUUUCACGGAGAAGCCUGCGGGAGACAUGCUACCACCUGACAGAUAUGAAGUUUGGUAGUCAAGAUAGAGUCUCGGAAAGGCUUCAAGGAGCUCAGAUCCUUGCAUUUUACUGUAUAAUCUAGACAUAGCAUGUCGUACAUCAGAGCUGUAUCAUAAUAAUCAAUUUCAUUUUCGAUCGAA